AUGACGCAGCUGGCGGAAGCGGCGCGGCAGACAGUGAAGAGUUGCGGAGAUACCGACUUUCUUCUGCUUCUUUUCUUCUCCUGUUUUAUUUUACUAGAACCGGUUUAGUUUCGUGUUUCUGAGGAGGAACGAAGGAAGAAAAGAGGAGCAAUUCCCGCGUCACUUCCAGCGAUGGAUCACAUGAGUCACAGUGGCAUGGACCACAACGAUCACCAGCAUCACACCAUGGCCACGACCACCAUCAGCGGCCACGACCACGGAGGAGGAGGGGACAGCGGGGACCAUAGCUGCCACAACAACAUGAUGAUGACCUUCCACUUCGGCUACAACGUGGAGCUGCUGUUCAACGGGCUGCUCAUCAACUCACCUGGAGGGAUGGUCGCGGCUUGUAUUGGUGUCUUCCUAUUGGCCGUCUUGUACGAGGGGCUGAAGAUUGGCCGUGAGGUUCUGCUGCGGCGCAGUCAGGUCAACGUGCGCUACAACUCCAUGCCUCUCCCAGGGGCUGAUGGGACGGUGCUGAUGGAGACGCACAAGACAGUUGGGCAGCGGAUGCUAAGCCCCGCCCACUUUCUGCAGACACUGCUCCACAUCAUCCAGGUGGUUGUCAGCUACUUCCUGAUGCUCGUCUUCAUGACCUACAACGGCUACCUCUGCAUCGCCGUGGCGGUCGGCGCCGGCAUGGGCUACUUCCUGUUUAGCUGGCGGAAGGCGGUGGUCGUCGACAUAACUGAGCACUGCCAUUAGCUAGCGUGCUAGUUAGCAUCACUUCUGCUGUUCACAAUCGAUUAACGCUAACUAACACCCUCACCCUGUUAGCAUGCUAGCCGUAUGCUAGUAUGACUAAAACAAAGUUAGCUCGUAAACUGACACACUAAAUUACGAAUGUUACCUGGUAAGCACGGUAACCCCAGUCACACUGUAGGUUAGCUUACAUGCUAACAAAGUUAAUCCUUAAAAACGUUGUCGUCGCCAUAAAUGUUUCUUUUGUGGACUUCCUGUUGGUGAGCCAGCUAGCCAAUCAGAGCUCGGCUCACUUCAGAGGUUUCUGAUAGGCCAAAUCAAUUUAUUCGUUGUUGUUUUUUGUGCCAUGACAACUUGACUCAUUAGAAUAUGUAGCUUAAGAAGAGCCACCAAUCAGAAAGCAGGAUUAAUUCUUGGAUCAGUUAAAAGUUCAUUGAUCAGGAGACGUUAAAAUCUGUCUUCGUGAAUCGGUUGCUGCUGAUUCAUCGACCGAUCAACUGAACAUUAUAAGAGAGAAGAGUUGUAACUUCUCCUGUGUUUGUGUUUAGUUUAUGUUCCGUUCCUUUGAAUCUGUAAAUGUAUAAACACAGAAGCAUUUUAAAAACAUUUUAAAAGACAUCCAGAGCGGAGCCAUCAGACGUUUGAUGGAGAUCACUGUAGAAACACCUUCACGAUCCUUUUUAAAGAAACCAUCAUGAACCUGUCGACCUGAUCAGAAGAUAGAAGGUUCUCUGGCCUUAAAGCCGCCGCCUGCUGCCUUACUAGCCUCACGUCCUGCUGGGGGCGCUCUAACGCUCUGCUUCAGUCUGUGUGUCGUAGGAAUGUCUGCGUCUUCACUGUCGUGGUUUUUACUUUAUUGGAGUGGAUUCACACUGAAGGGGCGGAGUCUGAUUGUGGACCAAUGAGAUGCAGGGAUAGAUGGUUACUGGAGUUCUGUAUGUUUAGAUAACUUCUCUAUGAUCACGUCUGCUUUUAGAACGUUGUCCUUCUGGUGAGCCUCCAUGGUAGAAUAUGAAGUUUUAUGAUGUCAAACGUCUGUGAAUGAAACGGUUUUAUCUGGACUUUAAAGUGUUUUAAAUGUCACAAAUGCUGGAAUCAAUAAAAACUGAAUCAAGUAGAA